CCUUCUGUCAUAUCUUCUGCUCUCUGCCUCCGUCACCCAGUUGCUAGUUCCUACCGCCGUCGCCGCCGCAAAAUGCCGUUCAAGAGGUACGUUGAGAUCGGGAGGGUAGCCCUCGUCAACUAUGGGAAGGACUACGGGAAGCUCGUAGUCAUCGUAGAUGUUGUCGACCAGAACAGAGCUCUAGUUGAUGCCCCUGACAUGGUGAGAGGCCAAAUGAAUUUCAAGAGGCUCUCUCUCACUGAUAUCAAGAUUGACAUUCCCCGGGUUCCAAAGAAGAAGACACUCAUUGAAGCAAUGGAGAAGGCUGAUGUAAAGAACAAGUGGGAGAAUAGCUCAUGGGGUAGAAAGCUGAUUGUCCAGAAGAGGAGAGCAUCUCUCAAUGACUUUGAUAGGUUCAAGAUAAUGUUGGCUAAAAUUAAGAGGGCUGGGGUGAUCAGGCAAGAACUCGCUAAGCUGAAAAAGGAGAAUGCAGCCUGAAGUGUUGCUGGGUUUUGACAAGUUUUCCCAUCAAAAUUCUGUAUUAUUUUUUUUAAAUGUUAACUUUUUGCCUGUUUCUAUAUUUAGCCUGAGAUUAAGAUUGGUUGAGAACACACUUUGUUCGAAAUAUGACGGAAGUUGCACUGAUUCUCUUUGGAUAUCUUUAUUAUUAAUUGUCAUAUGUGGUUUCUGGUGGUAAUAUGUUCUUU